ACGUCGCUCAAUCUUAUACCCACUCCGCCAAGCCGCCUUACACGAAAGUGGUGAAGUUCCCUCAUUACAUUCCUAGCGGUGAGCUUCAAACCGGCCGGCUACCCAUUACUUUAGGCCCGAGUGCCUGCAUGUAAACGCCUAAUCAACAAAUCACGGACCUGUUAUGCAACACUAAAGCGCGCUUCCACAUCACCUGGCUUUUCCAGAGUGGAGCUUGUUGUAUCGUGAUCGUGGACUGCUGGUAGUGCUCUGUUUUAAAUACCCUCGAGUUUUUCUCUCAACCUUUCCAUCGGCUUUCACUUCAGUGUUCUAGAUAUCCGUUGCUGGUCUUCGGUGUCUAUGGAACACGCCAUUUGGAUCCCGCCAUGACCGUCGAGAAACCUCCAACCCUUGAACGGUUCGGUCGUAACGCCACACCCAUAUCAAUAUACGGCACAGUCUCUUCUUCCGACACCCCUCGUUCCGACAGAGUCGUCGAAGAUGGUGACCGGCGACAAGUACGGCGACGAGACUCGGUAGCAACGUCUUCAAGCUCCAGUGAUAGGAAGCACAGAAGAGCUGAUUCACGACGCUCAUCAACUCAGUCCGGAAAGAGACCAGGUCUAGCCAGAGCACAUACUUCCCAUGGAGCCAUACCUCGUCGCAUGACCACUCAAGAGGCUGUCGACUUCCAUCGACAAAGCGUUUCACUUUUCCAAAGUCUGCCCCAAGGGCCCUACUCUGCACCAUCGAGUCCAAAGCGAGAGAACGUUAUCCCGUUCACUACUGUGUUGAAUUUUGGGACCAACAUGCCAUACUCACGGUCUCCACCAAUAACUACUACUAGACUUGAAUACCCCGACCAAGAGGAAGAGGAAGAGGAAGAGCUCUACGAACCCGUGCCACCUACCAUUAUACACUGGACGUCACCAGACACUCGUCGACAGCAGUACGCAGAGAUAGAUCGGAUGCACAGUGGUCUGCGAGGUCUCUGGCGGAAGGUCGCCCCACGAUGGCUCUGCCCACGUGUUCCAGCCAAAUUCUACGACGAAAAGAAUGGCGACGACAGCUGCAGUGUGAGGAGACAUCGAUUGUCCCUCCCUCAACAUAGCGAGGCCGGCAGCCUGAAAAGUUCGUCUGCUAGACCCACUGUGGCACGGAACCUGAGCUGCUUCUAAUCCGAGGACAAACGAGUCCGGUGACUUUGUUGCUGGCAGUCUGGGCCGUUUGAUCAAACUUUCGAAUACAACAUUGUAAUGACGUUUGGACAUAAAGCAUGGCUUGGCGUAAAAUACACUAUUGCCUUCUCUCAUUUUUCGAUGCUCUGGCGCGAGCAUCACAUGAUACCCAAGCGCCUGCCCUGCUAUACAUUUUCUUAUAUU